GCCGCCACUCACAAGUCACAACAUAGAGCGUUUUCUUUUGACUGACAGCGAAUGUAUCCAAUUAGGAUGGACUGCCUAAACACUACUCAGCAUCACAACCAACGAGUGUCUUUGGUGGGCGGGACAACGUCAAUGGAAGAGCAAACUUGAAACAAUUCACCAAAAGCACAGCUACCGGUAACACCACGCAAAUUAAAUGAUGGCAGGUUUUCAGGCGCAGCAAAUAAAAGACUUCGGACAACUUUACAGGCUUCACAAAAACGAGAACGCGAUUUAGUGCGAAAAUUCAGUGAUUAUGUUUGAAAAUAGACUAAACUUCAAUUCGGAUUCUAGUCUGGCGAUCGUUACUAAUGCCAACAACAAACUCAUCUCUGAUUGUCGGUUUCAUUUUCAACAGCAUUUAGUAUUUAUCAUCAUAAACAUCUUUUAAAUUAGAUUAACUUUACAUAGGCUUAAAAAAGAUGACGGACAUCAGCUUGCACGAGCUGCUGGACCUCUCUAUAGGGACUCCAGAUGUUGGAUCUGUCAACUUCAGCGCAUUGCACGCUUUACUGAACGCCAUCCUGGGACACCUGAAGAUCGAGACGAUCACAACUGCCUGGAAAGAUGCUGACCACGAGCAUGGCGGCCCACCUCAGACUAAAGCCUUACCCGUGGAUAAAUCAGUUCCGUAUAAAGUAAUGGAGGAGAAAGUGAGACGGAUGGAGGAGCAGAUGUCUGUGCUGGAGUCUCUGCCCAGCGCCUCUCAGCUCAUCAAAUCUGACAGUGCUGUCAAUGACAUGUGGACACUCAUGCAGCUCCGCAGAAAGGCGCAGGGAAACGAGGAUGGCGUGUCAAAGUGUAUGGCUUUAAUCCAAGACCUGCUGACUGAAAUCCAGGCACUCAAAGAGUCCAGAGACGAUCUGACGCAAAAAAUCCAAACGUUGGACGGUCAGAUCAGCCAGCUAAAUAUGAAUGAGUUGGCUGAUCGUAUAUUGGCUGUGGAACAGUACUGCCAUCAGGUGGACGAUCUAAACAACACCACAAAAGAGUUGAAGGAUAAACUCACUCAGUAUCCUCUACCAGAGGAGCUCACACAGUGUGUCACAUGGGAAGUGAUGCAGGCUGCACUCAUCAGUGAGACACAAAAGAUUCAGGAGGGCCUAACAAACACCACCGCGGUCCCUUCAGCUAAAGACACUGUACCCAUCCACCCCUUAAACCAGGGUACCCCAAUCAAGAGUGACACAGCUGAUGCAGGUUCAGAUAGCUCUCCUCGGGUUUCUCCUCCUCGGCAGUCGGUGUCUGGCGGGGAUUCGUUCACUGUGGCGGGUCGCAGGUUGUCUCGGGUCAGCAGCGGGGCUGAGCAAUAUCCAGAGACAGUAGAGGCUCUGAUAGAGGUGGGCGGACUGAGAGACAGACAUGAGAGUCUGGAGGCCCGCGUGGGGCAGCUGGAGGCAAACAAGGCUGAUCGGACAGAGCUUCAACAUUUGAAUGAUCUCCUCGCUGCCAUGGGUGAGAGGCAGAUACCGGAUUAUGUGCCAGAGCAGUUGGAUCAUCUGAGGACUCUUGUAGACAGUCUUAUGGCAGAUAAAGACAAGGUGUCAGAUCUGGACAGUGUGUUGCUGAACAUUGCAGGGGAGAGCACAGGUUCAGUCAGCAGUCAACAGACAGACGCUUCACAGAUAGAGCAGAUGACCCUGCACAUAUCUCACAUCAGGGGUGCAGUACUGAAGCUGGAAGGGAAAGUGCAGAAAUUCAUAAGAGAGAUGCAAGACAGAAUGGAGGAGAGAAACAGCAAAGACAGACAAAUGCAAGAGCAGUUGAACAGUUUCAGGUCAGUGUUGGAGGAUGUGAUGAGCUACUCAUCUACUCCCAUCUCAGACAGUCAGCAGCAGGAGGAAAUGGAGUUCAGCAAAGACAAGGGCCAGAAUUUGAUUUCGGGUCAGAUCCGGAGUAAAAGAUCAAAUGAAAAUGAGAGUUUGGGUCAAGAUGAGAAUUCAGGUCAGGGUCAAAGGUUAGGUCAGGCUCAGAAUAAAGAUUUAUUUCAGGCACAGAAUUUCGUCCCGGUACAGGGUCAGAGUUCAGGUCGGAUUCGGGAUCAAGGGAAGAGUUUAGGGCAGGUUCAGAGUAAGGAUUUGGGUCAGGCUCAGGACCAAAGUUGGGGUCAGAGUUCAGGUCGGAUUCGGGAUCAAGGGGAGAGUUCAAGUCAGGCUCAGAGUAAGGAUUUGGGUCAGGCUCAGGACCAAAGUUGGGGUCAGAGUUCAGGUCAGAUUCGGGAUCAAGGGGAGAGUUUAAGUCAGGCUCAGAGUAAGGAUUUGGGUCAGGCUAAGGACCAAAGUUGGGGUCAGAGUUCAGGUCAGAUUCGGGAUCAAGGGGAGAGUUUAAGUCAGGCGCAGAGUAAGGAUUUGGGUCAGGCUCAGGACCAAAGUUGGGGUCAGAGUUCAGGUCAGAUUCGGGAUCAAGGGGAGAGUUUAAGUCAGGCGCAGAGUAAGGAUUUGGGUCGGGCUCAGGACCAAAGUUGGGGUCAGAGUUCAGGUCGGAUUCGGGAUCAAGGGGAGAGUUCAAGUCAGGCUCAGAGUAAGGAUUUGGGUCAGGCUCAGGACCAAAGUUGGGGUCAGAGUUCAGGUCAGAUUCGGGAUCAAGGGGAGAGUUUAAGUCAGGCGCAGAGUAAGGAUUUGGGUCAGGCUCAGGACCAAAGUUGGGGUCAGAGUUCAGGUCAGAUUCGGGAUCAAGGGGAGAGUUUAAGUCAGGCUCAGAGUAAGGAUUUGGGUCAGGCUAAGGACCGAAGUUUGGGUCAGAGUUCAGGCCAAAUUCGGGAUCAAGGGGAGAGUUUAAGUCGGGCUCAAAGUAAGGAUUUGGGUCAGGCUCAGGACCAAAGUUGGGCUCAGAAUUCAGGUCAGAUUCUGGAUCAAGGGAAGAGUUUAAGUCAGACUCAGAGUAGGGAUUUGUUUCAUGAUCGGAAUGUGAGUCUGGCUCAGGGACAGAGUUUGGGUCAGAUUCGGGAUCAAGGCAAAAGUGUAAGUCAGACUCAGAGUAGGGAUUUGUUUCAGGAUCAGAAUUUAGGUCAGGCUCCGAGACAGGGUUUGGGUCAGGUACAGGGUCAGAGUUUGAAAAGGACUCAAGGCAUGGGUUUUGGUCAGGGUAAGGAUUCUGAUCAAGUACAGGGUCAGGGUAAGGAUUUGUUACAGGGUCAGGGUUCGGUUCAGGUUCAACAUCAGACAGGACAUCAAAAUCUGGAAAAGGAAUUCAGUCAGUUCCAGUGGUAUAAAAAACUGGAGGGCAAGACCACUCACCCACUGAACCAGGAACAUGACAGGUCUAAGAACAAUGAAUUGGUGAGUGAUGUACAGGGAGCCAUACUACAGCUGCAGGCCGAGUAUGAGAAACUUAACAGCACAACCAACCACCUGAUGGAGGAACACAGCAAGAAACAGAUCCACAUCGAUCGUCUGUACAAGGCUAUGGAGAAACUGGAUGAAAAGAAGGCUGACAAGGAACUGGUGGAGAUGGAGAUCGAUAUUAAAGCAGACAAACGUGCUCUGGAGAGCAAGGUGAGCCGUAUGCAGUUUGACAGUAUGACAGAGCAGUUGAAUAACAUGUUACAGGAAGUGCUCAGUAAGAUCAGCGGACAGGAGCAAGACUGGCACAAGAUCAUCGAGAAGAUCUCCACCGAAAUGGACUGCAAGUUAAACCGGAUUGAACUGGAACCACUGAAGAAACAGCUGGACGAUCGUUGGAAGAGCAUCCACCGGCAGCUGCAGAUCCCUCCGGCCCCUGGCCAGGAUGACGCCGCAGGAAUCAGGAAACAACUGCUGGCCAGAUUUCACUGUAUUUCGUGUGAUCGUCCUGUGGAUAUGAUCACACCCGGACAACAUUUCGCUACUCUGCCCUGUGCUCCAGGACUGCCGCCACACAAAUCCAAUCGACCAUACACUGUUUAUGAACUGGAGCAGGUGCGACAGCAGUGCAGAAGGCAGAUAGAGCAAGAGAGUCACUUUUCCACAUCAAGGACACCCAAAUGCCAUUAUAGAUGGGCUCCUCCAGAACUGUCACGACCCAAGAUGAGCAGACAGGACCGGAGCAAGCUUGAGAGGAUCCCAGAAAUGGCAGAUUACAGUUACCUGGCUCGUAACUGUGGGGGAAGCCAUACCCUCACCUAUCCUCACAACCGCAGGUACACCCGUCUGCAACACAUCACCCACGUUAUCCAGACUGAAGAGGAGAGUCGGCCCGUGCCCUCUGCACCCUACACACAGCCAGAAGAAGUGGACAUCUUAGGUUUAGAUGGCCAGGUCUAUAAAGGCCGUAUGAACGGCAGAGCAGUGAAGGUCAGCGAGUCCAGACUACCAACCAUUUCUCCAAGAGAAGGCAACUACAAGAGCAAAGACAAAAUCAACCGCUCACAAUCCCAGCGGUCCUGCGGAGUAAACGGCGGCCGGGGAAGUCCAGCACGACCACAGAGUGCCAAGACUCACCAGAUCCGCUCAGCGUCCAGUAGCUCAAUGCGAGACCGGCCCAUGUCCUCAAUGGGCUGCCUCUCCCAGGGCAUUGAGCUUCAGUCCUCGUUCCAUGACACCACCACUGAGCUCCACAAAGAUCACAACCAAUCAGAGGAGGAGCCGGUGACGUCACUGUAGAGCUCCUCCAAUAGCAGCUGACCAAUUGUCUGAGUAAAUUGUUUACAGCAGCUGAGAGGCACAUGAGCUGUUUCUCUGUAAUGUCCUGUGAUGAAUAUCUAUAUAAGAUUGAAUAAAUAUUUAUAUGCAUA